AUGGCGAAGAACGACAGUGGUACGUACAAAAAGAGUGGACAUCCGCAACAUCCCAUGGCGGAGAAAGCUUCGAAAGCUCGCGUGAACCGGCCGUCUGUGCUCAUGGUGGAAAUCACACGGGAGGUUCCUGGAGCUGCAAGGCAUUACGGACCAAAGCUCUUUGCAGAGGAGCUGUGGGAGGCGGUGAAGUUGGUCCUGCCAGUUUACCUGUUCCUCGUCCGCUCCUUACGGCCGAACCGCGGGCGUCGUCGGAUCCGAAGCGUCGUCGCGGGCCACGUGGCAGGUGAUGUGCUGCUCUUUGCUUUGUUUGAUCUUGGUGUCACUGAUGAACCAUCUCAUCUCAGAGAAAUCAUUGUGUAUGGCCAAUUCUACCUGCCUCUCAGCGUGGUCUAUUGGAUCAUGAAGAAGGUGGUUUUCGCGACCUACCCGGGGACCUACCGACUUGUCCGGAAGACCCCGACGCCGUUUCUGCACUCGCCACAAGCCGAGCAGAGGACAGAGCGGAAGGACCCCUGCGUGGACGUGCGCCGCGUGGCUCUGCGCACCCUGGCGCAUCUGGCCGCUCCCGGCGAUGCCUCGGCGCUGCAGCGCGCCGCGGAGCGUGGCUUCGCCGACCGCGCGUGGCCCGUGCGCUGGGCUGCGAUCGAUGCCGUGGCCUGGCUCGCACAAGGAGGCACUGGCGCCACAGUGGCACGAGCUUUUGAGAUGAUCUCGGUGCGUUUAGAAGAUGUGGACUGGCCAGUUCGCAUGGCUGCGGCCAUUGGACUUCGCAACUUGCUUCAUUUUCUUUCGGCGAUGUCUGAAGAGAUGAGGACAGAUGACUUGGAGGCACAUGACGUGGGAAGCAUUGAGGAUGUGAAGAAUCAGCUGGGUCUUGUGCUACACCCAUUGCUGAAACUCCUGCGAGAUCCAGCAAAAGAGAUGAAACUGGCGGCUUUGGAGCUUUUAGCACUGCUUUGCGAGCAGACAAGAAGUGCGUCUUUCAGCAGCCAGCUGCGCAACCAGCUGCAGCACCUCUCACAGGAUCCAGACCUUGCGCGUGCUGUGCAAGCUGCCCAUGAAGCCAUCGAGAGAAGUGAUAAUGUCAUCAUGAUCGACGAUGGAGGUAUCCGGAAGCAGCAACAUAAAAUAGUUUUGUCACAAAGUGAGAAGAUCUUCGUGACCACGCAGCUGUGGGCCGAUUGCAAAGCGCCGAAGGAGUUCGCCUUUGACUACGUGAUGGACAGUACCAAUGCAAGGUCAGUGGACUUUGUGAGUCAGGAGAGAUGUUACCAACUCAUGGCGGAAAAGAUGGUGGAACAUGCGCUACAAGGCUACAGCACCUGCUUGUUCUGCUACGGUCAAACGGGCACCGGAAAGACGACGACGAUCCUGGGGAAGUCCAAGCCGAGCUCAGAGCAGGGGCUUCUCUUGCGCUUGGUUGCGGACCUCUUUCAACAGGUCAAGGUCUUGGCAGAUCAGGGAAAUCAUGCGCAAUGUCGAGUGCAAAUUGUUGAGGUUCACAAUGAGAAGGUGCGCGACUUGCUCACGGAGACUCCGGUUCCGACUUCUCCGACUCCAGAAGUGCAUGUGCAUCCGCAGCUGGGUGUCUACUUGAAACAUGUGCUUGAUCAGCCGGUGCACUCCUUGGAGGCUUGUCUCAAGCUCAUCGACGAGGCCAGCAACCGGCAGACGGUGGCGCCUACGGCCAUGAACGCGCGCUCCUCACGGGGCCACACGGUGUACAAGCUGAGUGUGGAGAAGCACGGCAGUGACAACACGGUGAUGACCUCCGAGGUGUACUUCGUGGACUUGGCGGGGCGCGAGAAUGAGCGCAGCACCAAGGUCUCGGGCGAUCGACUGGUGGAACUGAGCUUCAUCAACCGGAGUUUGAUGUGGCUUUCCCAAUGCAUCUAUGCCUUGGGCGGUGAACGCACACGUCGGACGAGCCGACUGAACAGCCUGGAGCUGGCGCGGACCGCGUUGACUGGACCGCGCGGAAGUGCGGACUCCAACGAGGGCAGUCGCGUGGUGAAGCGUGACAAGGGCCAAGUGGCCUGGUCUUGA